GACCCGCCUUAGUAACUAAAACCUUCCGCGGCGCGUUUGGAGUCCGACCUGUUGUUGUAACCCGAGCCAGGACAGCAACUGGAACGGAUGAAUUAAGGAAGAGCCGCCAAGGGAACUGCCUGCUGCCGCCAAGGAAUAUUCUUCUUGUACGACUCCCUGCUUCCUUCCCAAGAUGUGUGACGACGAGGAGACCACCGCCCUCGUGUGCGACAAUGGAUCGGGCUUGGUCAAGGCAGGGUUCGCCGGAGACGACGCCCCGCGAGCCGUCUUCCCGUCCAUCGUGGGCCGCCCCAGGCACCAGGGUGUUAUGGUUGGCAUGGGCCAGAAAGACUCCUAUGUGGGUGAUGAAGCUCAGAGCAAGAGAGGUAUCCUGACCCUGAAGUAUCCCAUUGAACAUGGCAUUAUAACUAACUGGGAUGACAUGGAAAAGAUCUGGCACCAUACUUUUUAUAAUGAACUGCGUGUUGCCCCUGAAGAACACCCCACCCUGCUCACAGAAGCUCCUCUGAACCCUAAAGCCAAUCGUGAAAAGAUGACCCAAAUCAUGUUUGAGACCUUCAAUGUGCCUGCCAUGUAUGUGGCCAUCCAGGCAGUUCUGUCCCUCUAUGCUUCUGGGCGUACUACAGGUAUUGUUCUUGAUUCGGGGGAUGGCGUUACACACAACAUCCCUAUCUAUGAAGGCUAUGCUCUGCCUCAUGCCAUCAUGCGUCUGGAUCUGGCUGGCAGGGAUCUGACAGACUACCUCAUGAAGAUCCUGACUGAACGUGGCUAUUCCUUUGUGACAACUGCUGAACGUGAGAUUGUCCGUGACAUUAAGGAGAAGUUGUGCUACGUCGCCCUGGACUUCGAAAAUGAAAUGGCAACAGCAGCCUCCUCCUCUUCUCUAGAGAAGAGCUAUGAGUUGCCCGAUGGCCAGGUCAUCACAAUUGGGAACGAACGAUUCCGCUGCCCAGAAACACUCUUUCAACCAUCUUUCAUUGGAAUGGAAUCUGCUGGUAUUCAUGAAACCACCUAUAACAGCAUCAUGAAAUGUGACAUUGAUAUCCGUAAAGACCUAUAUGCCAACAAUGUACUCUCAGGUGGUACCACUAUGUACCCUGGUAUUGCUGAUCGUAUGCAGAAAGAAAUAACUGCUUUGGCUCCCAGCACCAUGAAAAUCAAGAUCAUUGCGCCUCCUGAGCGGAAGUACUCUGUCUGGAUUGGUGGCUCCAUCUUAGCAUCUCUUUCAACCUUCCAGCAGAUGUGGAUCAGCAAACAGGAAUAUGAUGAAGCUGGUCCUUCGAUUGUCCACCGCAAGUGCUUUUAAGCAUCUUUCCCCUUGCCUCCACUUAUCUCCCACUCAGGAUGAUGACAUUGUGCUUCUUGAAAUCUCCCCCCCCUCUUUUUUUUCCAGCUCUCCUUCCUGAACUUGGUUCAGUUAUUGUACAGUUUGUUUACACACACACCAUGCAAUUUAUUUGUGCUUCUUUGAAUAUUUAUUGCUUUAUAAAUAAACAAGAUCUGGGAUUUGCAACCUAAA